GGCAGAAAUAUAAGAAAUUGUUGUCAAUGGAGCAAGCGAAUGAUUUCCUUAUUAUACUUGAUAGGGAAUAUCCAUUUUUGUCCGACAAGCAAAUAAAUGACUACUUUAUCAAAUGGUCUAUGAAGGGCAGGUUGAACGUCGUUACAUUCACUUUUGACCAUAUUUUUGUACCAUAUAAAGCAGAUUCAUUUUUCACAAGGUUUUUCAAUUCGCCUUCCGUGCAAAAUGCUCUCACUAUUCCCUACACAAAAACUGUUGUUAAAAUUAAGAGCGUCAGAUGUACUCUCACCAACUUGGACGUCUUUCGCAAACUUUCCAGUGUGACACAUGAGUGCGGAAGAAUUAAAACACGUAUGGACGAUGUUUUCGAAACAAUCAUUAUUUCCGAUAAAUUGAGAGAGUGUUUGUUACUUGAAGAUUCAGACAGCUAUUCUAUCCUUACUGAAAAAGAGAGAGAAGAGUUUCUCGUUCGCUUGUUUAAACACAUUUGUAUUGGAGGUGAAAUCUGUCAACAAGAAGAUGAGAUUAAGCCAUACAUUGAUACUGCACGCAAAAUCUAUCGUGAUAUAAUAUGUGUUCAGAAGAAUCCUGAUUCAAAAGCAAUCGAAAUUGUUUCUCAUGUUUAUGAAGUUCGUGUGUAUGUAAGUUAAUUACCAAGCCUAAGUUUUAAAAAUAUACUUUUGAGCGCUUAAUUCAUUGUUAUAGCAUGUUGAUAAGGUCCCUUUUACAUGAUCAACAACAUGACUUUAAACAAAGUCAGUGUAAAACGGCUUCAAUAUAUUUAUGAUGAACAAAAUAACAUGGUGUUUCCCUCAAGUAGAGAACAUUUGAAUACGUUCGCUUAUGCAGUUGUGGAUCCUUUAAAAAGGAACGUAAUAAUUUUUUAUCAUGUUUUUGGAUGCGGGGAAUUUUCAUGAUGUAAUAUAGAAUACUGUGUCAAAAUAAACGUUUUUUAAAGAUGAGUUUGUUUUGUAAAUUCCAAACGAUUUUAAAAUAAAAUGAAUUC